ACCUCGUGGGAAAGAGGUGGGCGGCGGAGACCACAUCCCCUUCGGCCGGAAGGCUGUGGACGGCUUUAGAAAGGGUGUUCCGAUGCGCCAAACAGACAAAUUUGUGGAUGCCUUCUACUCCUACAAAUGCCUCUUUUUAUUCCCUUCCUUAGGAUGCUCGUCGCUGCAACCUCUACCCCGUCCACAAGAUGCCGUCUUUCCCCCUCCCCUCCUCGGCCGCCAUCGAUCUUCCGCCGUUGAAACCCCUCUCGCCCUACUCGUACCAUCAGCGCCACGCCUCUAAAAUUCCAAUUUUGACCCCUCGGCUCGGAUCAAGAUCAAAAUCCCAUCUCAGCGGAAGGUCAACGGUGUCUGGUCGCAGAGGUAGCAUGACCGAGUUGACUAGACUGGCAGCUUUAGGGAGCGAUCAGGAUAUCGAGGAGGAUACUGCACCGGGGGAGGUGGAGGCGAUGCUACGGACGGGGCCGUUCAACUUGGAUCGAGACUUUACAUGGAGAAACCUCGAAGCGGUUCUCAAUGGAACGAGCAAGUGGUUAGUGGCUGCUCUCUUUGGCCUCGCAAUUCUGUGGAAGCAUGAUGCCGAGAUCUUGUGGGACGCAACGGGAUCGGUUAUAAAUGUUUCGCUUUCUGUUACAUUAAAGAGGAUAUUGAACCACGAAAGACCUGUUGCUGGAUUGAAACCUGAUCCUGGAAUGCCAUCUUCUCAUGCACAAUCCAUCUUCUAUAUCGAAGCAAUUUUUAUUCUUUCAAUGGUCAAUCAUCUGGGGAUAGAUGCAUUCACGGUGUCUAUUGGAAGUAUUGCCUUAUUGUUUGGCUCUUAUCUUUCAUGGCUUCGGGUAUCACAGCAGCUCCACACUUACAGUCAAGUCCUUGUAGGUGCUCUACUGGGGUCCUGUUGUGGUGUUGCAUGGUAUUGGCUGUGGCAUUCUUUUGUAUUAGAAGCCUUUAUUUCAUUGUUGUGGGUCCAGAUUUUGGUUGUUCUGGGGUCAGUGAUGUUGUGUGGGGCUUUCGUUGUCUACAUGAUUCAACACUGGCUCAGGGAUGAGCCGUAGCCGUAGACAGCUGAAGUAUAUUAUUGUUGUUGUAUACGUCCAAAUGUUUCGUAAUGUUGUAUAUUAUUGUGGUGAUUGUAAGAUACACAUUCCCGUUGAAAUCUGAAGCUGUUGCGGACAAGCC